AUGUGGCGAAGAUCCGCCGUCUCUCGCUUCUCCUCGAGAAUCUCUCUGUCCUCUUCUUCUUCGUCGCCGAACCCUAGACUGAUCCCUUGGUCCCGCGAACUAUGCGCCGUCAACACCUUCCCCCAGCCUCCGCUCUCAUCGGAACCAACUGCUAAGCUAGCGAUCUCCGGCGCCGGAUCCGAUCCCAAUCGAGUCCUCUCCUCAAGCGCCGUCGCCGCCACGUCGAGAAUCGCGGCUGCGGCGGGGUUAGGUCACCACUACGCUCGCUGCUACUGGGAGCUCUCCAAAGCUCGGCUCAGCAUGCUCGUGGUGGCGACAUCUGGCACUGGCUACAUCCUCGGUACGGGGAACGGUGCGGUUGACUUAGCGGGGCUUUGUUACACGUGUGCUGGUACCAUGAUGAUUGCUGCUUCUGCUAACUCCUUGAAUCAGAUUUUUGAGAUAAGUAAUGAUGCUAAGAUGAAGAGGACGAUGAGAAGGCCGUUGCCUUCAGGGCGUAUGAGUGUUCCACAUGCUGUUGCGUGGGCUACUAUAGCUGGCGCGUCUGGUGCUUGUUUGUUGGCUACCAAGACUAAUAUGAUGGCGGCUGGACUUGCGUCUGCUAAUCUUGUGCUUUACGCGUUUGUUUACACUCCGUUGAAGCAGCUUCACCCUGUGAAUACUUGGGUUGGGGCUGUUGUUGGUGCCAUCCCACCCUUACUUGGGUGGGCUGCAGCUUCUGGCGAGAUCUCAUACAAUUCGAUGAUUCUUCCAGCUGCUCUUUAUUUUUGGCAGAUUCCUCAUUUCAUGGCCCUUGCACAUCUCUGCCGCGAUGAUUAUGCAGCUGGAGGUUACAAGAUGCUGUCGCUGUUUGAUCCAUCAGGGAAGAGAAUAGCAGCAGUGGCUCUUAGGAACUGCUUUUACAUGGUCCCUCUCGGUUUCAUUGCCUAUGACUGGGGUUUGACAUCAAGCUGGUUCUGUCUCGAAUCAACGCUUCUCACAAUGGCAAUUGCUGCUACCGCGUUUUCAUUCUACAGACACGGAACCAUGGAGAAAGCAAGGAAGAUGUUCCACGCCAGUCUUCUCUUCCUUCCUGUUUUCAUGUCUGGUCUGCUUAUACACCGCGUCUAUGAUGAGGACAAACAACCACUCCUAGAAGCAGCCGGUUUAUCAAACUCUGCAUCAAGUGAAGUAAAAACUCAGAGAAGAAAGAAACGUGCUGCUCAGGCUCCUGUGGCUUAUGCUUCUGCUGCACCGUUUCCUUUCCUCCCAGCUCCUUCCUUCUAUUCUCCAUAAAGCAAAAGCUCUUGAGUUAUUGAGAGGACACACAUCACAAAGUGAAGAAUAUUGUGAGAUUGUUUUUUGAGUUACAUCUUUGGUAAUAAGAACGUGGGGAGAACGCAUACUAGAGGAUUAUGAAUUUUGGCUCCACAGUAUAUUUUAUUUUUAGUUGAAUGUUUGAAUGUUUAUUGACAUCAAAGGGUUCAAAUGCUUUAUCGAGUUUAUUGUGUUUGCUCAAACAUUUGGUAUAUUGUUUAAAAGAAAGCUGUGGUACAUGCUUGAUA